GGGCGGGAGAGGGGAGGGAACGCCUCCGGCACUCUGCAGCCCCGCCCCUGUCCCGCCCCCGCCCUCGGGGCCAGGAAGCGGGGAAGGAACCGCCUGGGCCAUGGACGGGGCUGUGAUGGAGGGGCCGCUCUUUCUGCAGAGUCAGCGCUUCGGGACCAAGAGGUGGAGGAAAACCUGGGCUGUGCUCUACCCCGCCAGCCCCCAUGGCGUAGCACGGCUAGAGUUCUUUGACCACAAGGGGUCGAAUUCUGGAGGUGGCCGAGGUGGCUCGCGCCGCCUGGACUGCAAGGUGAUCCGUCUGGCUGAGUGUGUGAGCGUGGCCCCUGUCGCUGUGGAGAGCCCCCCGGAGCCCGGCGCCACUGCCUUCCGCCUGGACACUGCGCAGCGUUCACACCUGCUGGCGGCAGACGCACCAUCCAGUGCAGCCUGGGUGCGGACCUUGUGCCGAAAUGCCUUUCCGAAAGGAGGCUGGGCUCAGGCACAGGCGGAGAACCCAUCUAAAUUUUCUGCCCUGGAGAUGCUGGAGAACUCGCUGUACAGCCCCACCUGGGAAGGGUCCCAGUUCUGGGUAACGGUGCAGAGGACUGAGGCUGCUGAGCGUUGCAGUCUGCAAGGCUCCUACAUGCUGAGGGUAGAGACUGAGAAGCUGACUCUCCUGGCUUUGGGGGCCCAGAGUCAGAUCCUGGAGCCACUCCUUUCCUGGCCCUACACUCUGUUGCGACGCUAUGGCAGGGACAAGGUCAUGUUCUCUUUUGAGGCUGGUCGCCGCUGCCCCUCUGGCCCUGGAACUUUCACCUUCCAGACCACACAGGGAAAUGACAUCUUUCAGGCAGUUGAGACAGCCAUCCAGCAGCAGAAGGCCCAAGGAAAGGUGGGACAGGGACAUGAUGUCUUUCGAACAGACUCUCAUGAAGGGGAGGUGGCAGAGGGGAAGUUGGCUUCCCCUUCUGGUCCCCACGAGCUCCUCGGCAGCCCUCCAGUCUUGUAUGCUGAGCCUUUAGACUCCCUGCGCAUUCCUUCAGGUCCUUCUCAGGACUCUCUAUACUCAGACCCCCUGGACAACACCCCUGCUAGGUCAGGGGAGGGGGUACAUGCCAAGAAACCUCUAUAUUGGGACUUGUAUGGGCAUGUACAGCAGCAGUUGCUGAAAGCCAAGCUGAUGGAUCCCAAAGAGGACCCCAUUUAUGAUGAACCUGAGGGUCUGGCCCCAGCCCCUCCCCGGGGCCUUUAUGAUCUGCCUCAGGAACCCAAGGACGCAUGGUGGUGCCAAGCUCGGGUGAAGGAAGAGGGUUAUGAACUCCCUUAUAAUCCUGCCACUGAUGACUAUGCUGUGCCACCCCCUCGAAGCACAAAGCCUGCCCCUGCUCCCAAACCACAGGGCCUGGUCUUCCCUGAAUCUGGUACUGCAAGUGCAAGCAAAGGCCAGAGCUCAGAUACGGCUCUGUAUAGCCAGGUCCAGAAGAGUGGGACCUCAGGAGGCUGGGAUUGUGGACUCUCUAGAGUAGGAAAUGACAGGACUGGGGUCAAGUCAGAAGACUCCACCUGAGGCAAUUGCUAGUAAGAGGUCCUUGGGGAGGUGGCACUGGGGAUCAAAGGAACCUGCUAGAACCAGAGGGCGGGAAGAGCCCACGUGAGACCAGAGGACAAGGGAAAGAUGACCAGUCCCAAGAAGUUCUAGAAGUAGAAUAGAUGGCAGGGCUGAGGGAUGGGCUUUGUGGAGGGUCAGCAACACCAAGCUAUUGCUUUACCAAAGGAAUGGAUAACUGAUAGAUUAUGUCUAUGGGAAGGGGUCCAUUGGUCAGAGUGGGGACCUUUGGGGGAGAAACCUUCCUCCUGUAUUUUCUUUGACAAGUAUAUUUCUAAUUUAUAAAAAAUUCUCAUUAAAGUCAGUUUGAGUCGAA